AUGAGGAACCGCGCAAGGUGGCAUUCCCUGGCCAGCCUGAAGGCACCACGAAGAUUUUGGGUUCGAGAGCGCAGCCGGGACUGGUGGGAAAGGAUCGUGCUCACCACCUGGGAUGAUGAUCAGUGGCUGGAAUGUUUCAGAAUGGACAGGGCAACCUUCAAUGGCAUAGUCAGCGUCCUCCGCAACAGACUGGAACGGCAGCACACAAAUAUGAGGGAAGCUGUGUCUGUGGAGCAUCGUGUGGCUGUGACCAUUUGGUUUUUGGCCACCGGUGCCUGUUACCGCGUGGCAGGUGAUCAGUUCGGGUUGGGAGCAUCGACAGUCGCAACCAUUGUUUUGGAGGUCUGCGCAGCAAUCGAGGUCGAACUGCUUUCCAAGACGGUUUGCCUGCCUUCAGAGGUCGGCAAGAUAAUGGAUGGGUUCGCUGCUCUGGGCUUCCCGCACUGCAUUGGGGCCAUUGACGGGACCCACAUUCCAAUCUGUGCACCUGGUGGGAGCCCAGAACAAUAUGGAAACCGGAAAAACUUUUCCUCCAUGCUACUGCAAGGAACAGUUGACCAUACCGGCAGAUUCCUGGACGUUGAAAUUGGCUGGAGUGGAAAGAACCAUGAUGCUUUUGUGUUUAAAAAUUCCAAUAUAUGCGCAGCCAUGGACAAUGGAAGUUUUGUGCCAGGAAACCCGACUUUGAACUUGAAUGGGGUUUCUGUGCCACCCAUUAUACUUUCAGAUGGAGCUUAUCCCAUGCGCCCAUGGCUGAUGAAGCCCUAUGGGAAGCUGGCCAUCACACGAAGAGAGCAGAACUUCGACUCCUGCCUCUCUCGAGCCAGAAAUCAGGUGGAAAAGAGUUUUGGACGUUUGAAGGGACGCUGGCAAUGUAUGCUCUAUAGACUGAAGGCAAGGGAGGAAAAUCUAGUUUCAAUUAUAACAUCCUGUGUUAUCCUCUAUAACAUUUGCGAGGCACGGGAGCAGCGGUUCCCAGGCGAUCUGAGAGAUCCUUUGCCAAUCAUGUUGCCAGAGGAGGGGGUGGAUUCUCUGGACUGCAACAAAACUUUGCUUGAGGCGGGAAAGUUGGUCAGGGAUGCACUGGCUGCAUUUAUGGAAUCUCAGAUGAGGCGCUAG